CCAGGCCAGUGGUCUACACCGCACUCCGUACACCCCGACGCCUCGAUUCCAAAACACACACGCGCACACACACGCACGCGCACUAGGACAUACGUAAUCGGGCGGCCCCCCAGGUCUUGGGUCCUCCUCUCUACGUACACAUACAGGCCCCCUCCCCUCAGCCUCUCCUGUCCAAACCCGGACGGUCCCAAGUUUGCAUUUCAUCGAAUGAUUCUGGAGAUCACCCGGCCCUGAUUGGGCUCGUUUCCAAGCAUCUCCCAGCGCCGCCUACGCGGCUGCGGCCGUGUGGUGGCAGCAUGUGGCCCCUGCACGCUUCAUCCCAAACCACCCCAAGCGCCCUCACGGCAGCCCUGAAACCUCAACUGCCUCACGACGCGGAUCACCACCAUGCCCAGUCUCAUGGGCCCGCCGACCGCAGCACAAACCUCGAACACGCCGCAGCAGCGCCCGUCUCGAGACUGUGGGCCCGUUGCAAGCCCAUUCUGCCUGCACAGAUUGAAUGGUAGCGUGCGUAGCGCGCCGCCGCGGACAGAGUCCCCUGGCCGGGUAGCGUUUCUGCUGAGUUUCUGCUCGUCUUUCUGCUAGUGACCAGUGUCGCUGCCCCGCUUUUCCUUUUCGUCUCUUCAGAGCCUGUUUUGGCUUCGUUCGAUUCAAAGCGCUUGCAUUGCUGUUCCCAAGUUGCCGGUCUCCCGUUGGUUCGAUUCGUCUUCGCCUGACGCCGUGUCGUCUGUGCAAUCUUUCCCUCUUUCUCUCUCUGUCGUAAACCUUUAGUAAUUGGCCAUAUUCCCUUCCACACACCUUCUUCUUCGUAUUUCGCCACCGGUGGGAGGAAGCGCAGGACGACCAUACCGCCGAACACUCUUUUCAGGGCGACGACCACUCGAACGACAACGACCCCGACAAUAGACGCAGGCCGUCAUUUUUCUGGGGGAGGCAGAGGAAGAACCACCAUAGGAAGAGCCAGGAACACCGACAGCACGGAUUGGUUUGGCAGUGGUUGAAGGGCGGCCGAUUUACCCCGUUGACCCAGGCUGCUCAACGCAACGACAUCGACGACAACGAUGGUCAACAAAGUCCUCGGCGCCUAUGUGGCUGCCGACUUUCUCUUCGUCGCCACCGGUGCUAUCCUUGUCGGCUUCUCCGUCAUUGUCCAGAACUUCAUGUUCGAGACACCGACUGAAGGCGGGCAGGCCGUCAGGAACUUGCUGUACCAGGAGUUCCCAUUAACAGCUGGUAUCGUCAAUGGCGUCUUAGUGUUCGUCACAUUCGCGUUCACGCUGCCUGCGAUUGCCAUGCCCACCCGCGGCUGGCUCAAGCUUUCAGGAUACAUGCUCGUUGUCAACGCCGUCUUCUCCGUCAUUCUAGGCCUCUACCUUUGGAUCCUCACGUUACGAACGAAAGACACGUUGUCGCCCUUGUGGAACGCACAGCCUCCGAAGAUCCAGGACUUGAUGCAAACAACUUUCGCAUGCUGUGGGUUCUUCAACAGCACUUCACCCGCCUUUGUCACCGAUCCGACGUGCCCGUCUCCCGCGGCCGCCUCCCUUAUGAGGGGUUGCGCCGGCCCACUGAGCAGUUUCGCCAACGUUUUCAUCGACAACAUAUUCACUGCUGUGUUCGGUAUGGCUGGUAUCGAUGGUGUGCUCAUCUUGGCCACUGCCUGUCUGCUCAAGGAUCGCAAGGAGCGCGAACGAUUCCGAUACAUCGACUCCAAGACCCAAUCCUCGACGUUCUAAGGCAUGGAGUCCAAGUGAGCGACAGCACGUUCGGUGACGGAAUGGAACGUUGAACGAGGGGGCUGGCACUUUUCGCACCUUUUCGUGGCAAGAGCUCCCAGUUUCUGUCAAGUAAUGCGAAUGCAACGUCCCGGAGGGUUGUUAUAAUGAUGGGAGUUACAGUGAAUAGGUUGAGUGGAUCGAUGCUGUAAUACUGGAGACUACGUCGGCCUGUUCCAACAGGGCAACGUGAAGUCCUGGGGUUUCUAGAUCCUCACAGUGGGGCACGGCACGGUACGGUCUCAGAGAAUGACGGAACAUGAUGUACGAAUCUACUUGUGGUCUUCGAGGGCUGGUUCCAAAAAAAAGUGCCUUCCCGUGGGCAUGAAUUAUCUCAUUUUCCGGCAUCCUUUUUUCCAUGUAUAUCCGUUUUAUUUAUGCGGCUGGCUAUGCCUUGUACGUGUGCGUAUGUACGAGGGUGUGUGCUGAGCGCAUCUUGUGAUAGCGUUAGUUACGGAUUUUUAUAGAUCGAUUCUUCCAA